UGAUUCCCAAGUGGCCGGUAGAGAUGGCGCGGCAAUGCCGUAUCCUAACGAGACUAUCCCUCGUCUGAAGGCGGGCAGAGCCUCAUCGCGUCACGAGGAGAGGGCACGCGGGCUUGCCAGCGUACCCACCUGCUAAUCCAACACACACACGCACACCAAGAGAAGAAGCAAAAAAGAAAAGGAAGCAAAUCCUUCAGGUCGGCUUUGUGACAACACAAGGCUCCCAGCCUGAUCCAACCCUCCAAAGCCUUCGCCGAGUUUCCUUGGCCACGAUGUAUCGGGGACAGCUGCCCCUUGGGCUGCGUCAUAGAGCUCGCUUUGAAGAGGGUCGGAGAGGUGGUGAGCAAGAGCAUGAAGUGUCGCCCAAUAUUGACGGCUUAGAAAUGAGGAUCGUCGAGUCCGCUAUCGUGCUCCUCAAGUUUCGGAGGGCUGGCAACGCCUAUGACGCCAACGGUUUCUUCGUCCACGUCCCGGGAGCCCAACGCGGCGUCAUCUUCACGGCGGGUCACAACCUCGUCGACGAGCAGGGGAGUCGUAGCACCGAGCUAAGAGUAUGGUGGCAGGGAGAGCCCGAUGAGGUGGCCGUGGCGCCUGAAGACGUGCGUAUCAGUGCAAAGUAUGAGGCGAACCCAACGCCCGCGUCCGCCGUCUUCGACUACGGUGCUAUCCUCCUUCCCAAGCCAGCAUCGGCGAAUACGCGAAGGCCCGGCUUCGGCUUCGCGCUAAAACUGGCGGAGGAGGAAGUUCAGUCUUCAGUGAACAUCACGACGUACAAGCCCGGGACGCCUAUCGGCCCGGAGACCCGCCCGGUGCAUUUCAUCGGAGGGUGCACUAACCCUCAAGCCAAGAGCCAGAUCGAGCACGACAUUUCGACGGAGCCCGGUGUCAGCGGAUCUCCAAUCUGGGUCGGAUACAAAAAGUAUCCCACCGUUGUAGGAAUACACAACUAUGGCAAGGGGAUCGACAAACUCGGAAAAAGCGGCCGGGGAACACGCCUCACUCUCAGUGUGAUGCGCGAGAUCUUCGGGUGGGCCGGCGCCCUCGCAACGAACAAGCAGAUACGGGUUGUAACUACUAGCGACGAAGACGAAGACGACGACAGCGACGACAAUGACAACGUUAGAGAUGACGACGGCGGCCGCGUAGAAGACCGAAAAAUUUGCGAUCGUACUGAUAGUGGCAGUAGUAAUGAGGGUGAAGUGUACGACGACGGCGAGGAAUACAAAGAACGCCCCAAAGAGGAGGAGAGCGGGGACAGUUCUGGGAGUGAAAAAGAGAGCCCGGAGGCUCCGCCUCAAAUGGCCGGACCACUCCUAUUCCUCACAUGGUCGCCGCAAGACCACAUCAUCCGCGUCGUCGUCGGCGAGUCCCUAGAGCCCAAAUGGACCCGUUUCUUCGUCCUGCCCGUAUACGCAUCCCCUCUCCUUGUCUCCAAGCAGCCACUCUUCGAAUAUGCCUUCGGCCUCGAGAACCCCCCAAAAAACUGGACCCGGGAGCCAGACGCAAGUAGCCAGGAGGGAGAUGGUAGACCCCUCUGGGUGUCGUGGGACAUCGAGCAGAAAAUGGCUACCCUAGUCACCUCGCUCCGACAGGCCCGCCUCGCGAGAUGGGAACGUCAAGGGGACGCUUACGCCCUUAGGCUACUAGUGAGGAGAAGAAAUGGAGAAGACCUAUGGGAGGUGAUCGUACGGACUGACUCUCGGGUUGUAAUGCCAUGGGACCUGGGCGACCCUGGAACCGAGUUCACGGGUCUGGAUUACAAAACACUCGAUGAUGAAAUUCCAGAAUCCUACAAUAGGUUCGUCCUCGUGUAGAACCGCAUGCAUAGUUCUUCGUAGCUUCCUACGACAGAAUGUAUAAGCAUGUUUAAAUUCCAACGGCCUCUGAGAAGAAAUACGCCUUCUCCCCCCCCGUGCUGUACGCCAACGUCAAGGUGGGGGUAUCUGGGGCAGUGGGGUGUAUAAACCGGCUUCAGUAUCACCUUAACGAUUUAAUAAUACCAAUAUAGACAUGACGAGAAUGAUUACGUCGGAUACAUUGAAUUUGCAAUUUGCUAUCCUAGCCUAGUUCCAAUAAGCAC